AUGGCGUCUGAAACGUUACUUGAAACAGUCCGUCCUGCAGCAAACUCCCAGGUUCCAGAGCCAAGAAGCGGGCAUAGAUGUGCAGCUGAUGAUGGAAAUAUGUAUGUUUUUGGAGGUUAUUCUCCACAUAACGAAAAUUACCUUUACCGUGAGUUAUGGCGCUUCAAUAUCGCUACCAAAACAUGGCACUGCGUAAAUACUACCGGUCCCUUUCCGAAUGAGGUAGCCUCAAGUUGUCUUGUCUAUGACAAAGGAAACCUCAUCGUCUUUGGUGGAUCUGGAGUUCCUUUUGGCGAGAGUAAUAGCAAAAAGCUUCACGUGUGCUCUUUGAGGAGACAUCAGUGGUUUGAUCUCACGAAAACUUAUUCUGAUAGGGAAGAAAGUGAUGGGGAAGGUGUUUCACCGAUUGCUGGUUAUGGACAGAGUAUGGUUUUGUCCAGGGACAAGGAAUUGUAUGUUUUUGGUGGUACAACGGGACUAGAAUUCAACUCGUAUUUAUAUCGUUACAGCUUCUCCAAUCACACUUGGGAGUAUGUGAAAAGCCAUAAUCCUCCUGUGCCCCGAUACAGACAUGAAUCUGUUUCCGACGGCGAAAGGUUUUAUGUAAUCGGUGGUGGAAUGAGCAAUCGAGACCCCGCAAUUUUCUUCCAGUUGGAGAAAAUUCAGUCCUUUAACUUUGGUUCUAAACAAUGGGAGGAGCAUGUUUGCUAUCCUUCCCGAACUCAUGGUUUUCCUAAGCGUAGAAGAUGUCAUGGUUGUGUAAUUUUUAAUUCAGUUGUGUACAUUUGCGGAGGUUAUGACGGGUCGAACAUUUUUGAUGAUAUAUGGAGCCUUGAUCUAGCGACGUUUCAAUGGAAAAAACACCACAAGGUAUUUAAUACGAAAGAAUGAUUAAUUUGCAACCGCAUGUAGCCUGUGUACCGCACCAGGGAGCUUUGGAGUGUUUUCGGCGAACUUGGCUAAGGUGUUCACAUGCUUUUCUCAUUAAAGUUUUUUUUUAAGCUGGGCCUACCUCCUAGAUUUGGUGCUUAAGAAGAAAAAGCUGGGUGAAUAACCUAUUUCUAUAGUCCAGUGACCACUUGUAGAUCCCUACAGUGUAGUUAACCCAAAACUGGAACAAGACGGCAAGGAGAAUAACAAAUGAUAUACAAUGGCCAAGUGUUUGCAUGAAUAAUAUUCUCACAGGGUGUUGACAUUUUAGAUUUUUGUGUAAGAUUACUGUAUGUUGAUCCUGUGGCCAAAAUAUGAUAAAAAAGAAUCAGGCAAUAUUUGGCACCAUGACGAACAUCAUCAAAACUUAUUUUUAGCCAGUUGUACUGAAUUUUGAAAACAGUCAGAUAAGGAAAAAUAUGAUCUUAUAAAUGCUUCAUUGUAGGAAGAAACAAAAGGCUUCUUUUGUUCAUGCUUUGUCAACCAUUCAAAUAGACACCAUCUAGAAAAACAGAUUGAGGUUCUUUACCUUUAACCCUUCUUGAAACUCUUGUAAUUGGCCAAAACAGAAUUUCUCCCAACAGUAUCAACAUAAUAUGAAGCAGACAAGUGAUGAGAAUAGAGAGAAAUAUCAAUUAACCCUUUAACUCUUAGAAGUGACUAACAAGUAACUUCUCCCUACAAUAUCCAGCAAAUAAGUAAUGAGAAUUCUCAAAUCCAUCAGGUAGAAUUUGUUAUCUCAAUCUAAAACCAAAUUUUCGCUACUUAUUUAUAAGGAAAUGUGUAGCAGCCAGAGGGGAGAAUUAAUAAUCAGAUCUUGGGAAUGAAAGGGUUAAAAUAUACUGUGCUCCAUAUUGAACAAUAUGCAUAUGGUGUAAUUUACAAAAGUUUGACACCUAUUAUGUUUUGUUCUACUUCUGGCUCUUGCUCAAUUCUGAGAGGAAUGAUGCAGACCCUUGAGUAUGCUGAUUGUCUCUGUAUUGAAGUUUAGUUUCUUUGAUCCAAAUGCAGGUUCUGCCUUACCCUGUUUACUUUCACUCGGCUGCAGUUACUCCGUCAGGCUGCAUGUAUGUGUUUGGAGGUGUGAAGACCAUCAAUUCUAAUGAAGCCACCAGGUCAAAUGAUGUUUUUAGACUUUGUAUAGCUUGGCAGCCUCUUGUGGAAAGAUGCUGGGAAGUUGUCACAAGUUGUCUUCAAGGCAAAAGAAAUUUCCAUACAGAUCUUAAGAAUCUUGGUGUUCCGCACCAUUUCUUAGAGAGGCUGAAAUAAUAUACAUACUUCUUACUAACUGUGUAAGAGAUCUGUACUGAAAGUUAGAGACCAAAUUUUUUCUGCUCAAUUUUAUGACCCUGGAGCAAAGCAAACCAUAUGUCUGAGUGGGAAAAAAAACAAGAUUCCUUAGCUUACAGUAGAGACUGAGAAAAUAAGGUUAGUAGUAUCUCUAUUAUAUCUCUGGGUUCAAAUAGAGAGGGUAGAUUUCAAUUACCGGUAAAACAAGCUUUUUAAUUUAGUAGGCUGUAGAGUUAAAUACAGCUUACUAAUUGUAAGGCAAAUUGUAGUGCAUUUAGUAAUAGAGAGAUGUAAUAAUUGACAAGAUACUGUACAUGUAUAUAAUCCACUAUGUUAAUUCACCAAACUGGAAAGUGACCAACAUGCAUAAUUUAUAAUAAAGUUCGGAUAUAACACAUGCUGUCAUUGGUUGAAAGAGCAUGCUCUAUGAGAGUAUAGAGCAUAGAACUGAGCUAAAGCUGUCACCCCAUCUGCCAAAUUGUAAUGUUUGACCUUUUGCGGGACUUUUUUUUUAGCUUUUUUCAAUAAUUGAAAGUGAAAUUUCAAAACCAGCAAGCUGGCAAGUAGCGACAGAAGAACCAAACAAACGUUUGUAAAAAUACCAGGCGCUGUAAUUUAUGUUAUUAAAACAUGAGCAGAUAGGAAAAUCCUCAAAGGAAAAACAAAAUAGACAUUCCAAGUUUUAAAGAUUUUCACGUUCAGUUAGAUUGCAGGCUUACAUAUGGUAAUAAAAAUCAAACAGCUAACCCUCAUAUAGUAUAUAAAGUUCAGUGUUCAAAAAAAAAACAGAACAAAACAGAAAUGAUGAAAAAUAUAACCAAACUGGCAUAACUGUUAAAAUUCAUGCUAAUCAUAACGGUGUCAAAGCGAAUAUGAUCAUGCUGAAGUCCAUUGCGGCUUGCUCAUCAUGACGAUCUCUGGUCAUAACUACAGUAAUCCCUGUCAUCCCGAGCGAUCUUCAUGUUCUGGUGAAUUCGGCUGUCGUUCAUUCAAAAAACACUCGCCUUGCACAGUUUGUUUCUACCUUGUAUUUUUUUGUUUUUUAUUCGGCUGAAGUUCACUGAAUGUUUCACUUCAAGAUUCUAUAUUAGAGACUUAGAAACUUCAGGCAAAAGUGUUAAAUUCAACUUGCCAAACUAUUUAGUUUGUAAACUACCGCAGAUUAUGAACUUUGAUGGUUUGACACUUUUGACAGCUUUUGUCUUGUGCAGCCAAUCAGAUUACUUGAACCACUAUAACAGGGAUUCUGAUUGGCUUAUUGUAGCGUGCUUUAUGAGAGUAUAGAGCAUGCUGAUGACAUUGUUGUUCGCUUUGGAAAUAAAGUUUGUUUUGAAAAUUGAAAGUAAUUCUUGGGGAAUUUAAUGAAUUUUUUAUUAAAAAAACAAAUAGAGAAGCCUUGACUGACUCAAGAAAUGGGGGAAACACUUGACUAUGUCUCAUGUUUCUCCCUACACUUCUUUCAUACUCUAGCUGCUUCCUGCAUGCUUUAUAACAGAACAGAGCACAGUCAAGGCUUCUCUAUUCGUAAAGUAAAAUCAUAGUUCUAAGCUUCCUUACUUAUAAGCUUGCUAGUUUCAAGCUCAUCUAUCAGUAAAAAACAUUUUAUUCUGUUCUCAAAGAUUUGAGUCGGCCAAAAACAGGGAACAACAUUUUUUAAAACCACAAUGGUAUAGGCAGGAGUUUAGAGGUAUUUAAUCUUGUAAUUUGGAUGAGUCAGGGUUUGCUUACUUUCAAGAGGGCCACAGCUCAAGUUAGAGGUA